UUUUAUGAGCAUCUCUUAUUAUGUGUUUGAGUUUUAUAUUAAACACAUAUUUCUCAAUUUGUGUAUGUACGAUGGCUUUAAUGUGCACCAGUGCGUACCGAGUGCAUUCAAUCGAAUUCAUUAUAAUGAACGAUAAAGAGGCGCUCGGAUAAAAUGUUUGCACGAUGCUAGUACAUUCUGAUAUCCAGCCAACUCCUCGUCUGACGUAACUCCUAUCUGACAGCACAUCGCGAUCCGCACGCUGUGCGAAUAUUGUGCUUGUAAAAGCGCCAGUAAUCAGACUUAAAAUUUCGACUACACGUCGUGACCAAUCGUGACAGCACUAUGCAAACAUCACCUGCUUUAUCGUACAAAAUGACAUAAUAACUGCAGCGUAUUGACUGUGCUAUACAUUGGCACAAUGUGCUGGCAUGCGAGGUUAUUUAGGGAUACUUAAAGCACGUAAAAACGUUCAAUCCGAACGCAGGUCGCAGCCUUGGCGAGUUGCGAGUGUCUUCCGACAGGCGGCGCGUUGUCAACGCAAGCGGCUGAGCUACAACGAACGAACGAGACGAGUGGCUGUGUCUCUGAAAUAUCACUGGCUAAGUGAACCCCCGUGACACGGGCCCGUGUUGGGGACCAAGGCCAAUAUAAAGGAAGAAGAACGAGCAGCGAACGAGUGAGCGAGCGAGCGAAGUGUGUCGUUGUCGUCGGCAGCGAACAGCGAUUAACGAGCGGAGCACGAACGCGUCCUGACUCCUCUGCCUUGCGCGUUUAGUGGUCGUAAAUCUCGGAGGAAGAUGCCGCAGCCUCACGGACGGCUAAUUUAGCUUGAUUUAGCUGCUGGCUGCUGCUGCUGCGGAUGGAAGAACGGCUACGGGCUACGCCAGAUACCGUGAUUCGGAUGCGACUUGGAAGAAACGCUCGGCCAGGAAGAGAACUCGCUCAACCGGGAAGAGAAGCCUCUACGUUGACAGGCCACUACACGCCAAGAGGGCACGGCGGGUUAUCGACACAUCAGAAAUCUGCGACAGACGCUAGGAUUUGUAGUGUAAACCUACAGAGCUACAGAGGAAGAUAUCGUUAUGGAUACCAAUUCUAAAUGUGAAAAUAAUAAAAAUACAAAAAAACGUUUAAAAAGUCAGGAAAAAAGUCUGGAAGACAUCAGAUUGGAAGAUAAUAACAAAAUUGAACAACUACUUCCAUGGUUACUAAAAUUCAAUAAAAUCAUACGUUCGUGUACAGGAAGUAGAAAUUAUGAACAUCUGGAACGAUUGGUUUUCUUCUACACCCAGAAUAUUCUUUCUAGCGUAGCAGAGAACACUGUCGAAUUUAAUGAUAAAAUUAAUUUGAUAAAAAACCAUAUUAAUAAAAUGUUAAUAUUCUUUCACAUGUAUUGGCUUGAUAUAAAACAACAGAAUGUAGAUUAUAGUCAAUAUUUAAAUAAAAUAUCAGCUUUGUUAAAUGUGUACAUAGAUAUGGAGUUAAAAACUUCUAGUCACGUCGUUAAAGAUUCUUCUGAAGUUGCUGCAAAGAUUCUUGCAGCAUUGUACAUAUAUCUAAAUAACUCGGAAGAACAUAUUUUCAGGAUAUUACUUAGAAAUACACACACAAAAAAAUAUACAAAAGUAUGCAAUCAUAUAUUUAUGAGGAGCUUUACUAAUCUCAAAACAAAAACGACGUCUAUAACCGAUGUAGCUUAUAUCAGAUAUUUGCUCGCCUUUAAAAUAUGGAGAAAAAUGGAAGAAACAGCAAAGAAGUUAAAUCUUUCUGACCAAAAGAAAAGAAUUGAUGAGUUAGCCCUAAUGCUGUUAGGACCGCGUAUGCCAAAAUUGCAAGAUGAAUUAUUGAAAUUUGUGCCUAGACCACCUAUUCAAGAAAAAAAUGAAACACUAUGGUUAAUAGAAUCGAACCAAUUUGAUAUAAAGGAAUUUCAUAAACAGUUCCUGCUAUUUGAAGACAAAAUGGAUAACUCUACAGGUUUAAAAUGUACCAAAACAAUUCAUGCUGAUCAGACUUGUUCAAAGUCUCAGAAGCAUCAGAUAAAUUCGUUAUUUCGUCCAAAUAAUUUCAAUGGAGGUACAUCUGAACAGAAAAUAAAUGAAUGCUUAGAUGGUUUACGAAAUAAUAAUACAUUAUCAAAUAAUAAAAAUAAUAAUGAUAAAUGUUUGGAAACUCAUUUACAAAAAAGUGAAUCAUUGGAAGAAAACAAUUCACACAAAAUUAUAAUAAUUGAUUUAACUGGAGAUGAUAAAGUAAAAAGAAAAAGGACUAAUCGAAAUUCAGAAUCUUCGAAAGUUAAGAAAAAUAAGAGAAACAAAAAGAAGCAUAUCAAUUCUUCAAAAUAUUCAAACAAACUUACAAAUUCCGAUGUUAAAGAACGUUCUAAUGAAGCCAACAAAAACUUAAAAGAAAAAUAUCAUUUAGAGUCUAAAUCUGUUGAUAUCAAAAGUAGUAAUGGUACAGAGAAUUGUACUUCAGUUAGCAGUGAUACCUGUAUGGAGUUUACAAAAGAGGAUGAGAAACAACACAGUUAUAACUUGCGUUAUUUGAAAUCACCAAUGUUAGACGAUCAGAAUAUUAACGAGUUGAAGGCUAAAGUGUCGAAAAAAAGUAAAUUAAAGAAUUGUGUAUCAUCUAAUAUGACAAUAGAAGAUAUAACUAGUUCUUGUGACAAUUCGGCAACACAAAAUAAGGAUGCAUUAACAUCUCAGGAAGAAAGUGCCAUGGAGACAAUACCUUUAAAAACGUGCCAAAACAAUGUUGCAGGUCAGCAGAAUUGUCAAUUUGAUUUUAAGCAAGAAUUACCAACAAGCACGGAUUGUGCGAUACAAACAUCGUGCCCGUGUUGCAAUACAAGGCAUGUCGAUCACUUUAUAAUGACUAGUUUGCAGUUUAUAACUGAUCGUAGCUCACUAAUUACGGAAAUGAUAAAACAGAAUGUAUGUCAAGUUAAUAAAUGUCCAAAGUAUUGUACAAAUGUUAUCGUGGCAAAAGCACAAGGGAAUCUGCAUAACACAUUUUACGAUAAUAAAAACGAUGUCAAAUUGACUUGCGACACAAUAAAAAAUGAUUGCAAUAAAUAUGUUUAUCUUUUGAAUCAUACUGAUAAAUGUGUCACGACUGUACACGCUGAAAAGAGAGUGCAAUGUUUAGAUAAAUCCGAUGACAAAUGUACCGUUUCAACUACAUUUACUGAAGAUCAAGUUGUAGACCCACCAUCGUAUAGCCAACAUGUCAAUUUUGGUAAUUUUGUAAAAAUAAAUGAUCACGAUAGUAAAUAUUCUGAAACUAUGAUAAAGGAACAACAAAAAGAAAGUGAUUCUUUUAUAUUAAACGAUCGAUUACAUUUCUCCAAUGUAGAAGUCGAUUGCAACAUGAAAAAAUUUUUCCCCAAAAAAGAAGAAACUAACGAGAUGACAAACAAUUAUAUAGACUUGGAGCACAAUUUCGUAAAUGAUAUUCAAAGUGAAACUCUUCUGGAAGAUGUCUUCUGGCAACCUUCUGAACAGCCCGAAAUUAAUUUAACCGGUGUACUAAAUAAAUCUGAGGACACAUGUAUUGUCUCAACUACAUUUAUCGAAGAUCAAAUUAUGGAAUCGUCAAUGGACAGUCAGCGUGUCAAUUCUGAUAAUAGAAGAAAAUGUGUUUAUGAAGAUACGAUGAAGGAACGAGGAAAAAGCGAUUGCGAUACUUUGAUGUCCUCUGAACAUACGUUUGAUACCGACUUUUUCGAAGUAGAUUCAAAAGAAAUUAGUGAAGUAAUGAAAACUAAUUGUAUAAAUGACUUUGAUGAUAUUAAUGUCUCAAAUUUUGGAAAUUUUCAAACUUUGGAAGAUUUAUUAUCGAAUGACACUACUAAUUUCCUAUCUCAGGAAUAUUUGUUUUAAUUAAAAUAUAUAUAUAUACA